AUGAAACGUAAGGGAUUUGUUCCCAGGACAAAUGACGAUUUUUGCGGAGGGGGUGCAUAUCCUGAGAUCCAUUUGCUGCAGUAUCCUAUGGGCCUUGGCUCACCAGAUGCACAGGCGAGUGGAACUUCAAUUGCGUUGCAAUAUGGUGGAGAUGGCAAAGUGGCCUACGAUGCCAUUUUCCAACAAGAUGUACUUAACGAAGAUGGAACGGUUAAGAAGAUUGUUUAUUCCAAGCCACAGGAUAUGGCUGCCAAAAAUUUUACCCCCGAUCAACUUACAAGGCCCAGUGAAGAACAGGCAAAUGAGAUUAUCAACAAGACCAGGGAUGCAAUAAAUGUGGCUCUAGGAAAGGGGAAGUGUGAGAAGAAGGGUCCUGAAUUUUUUAGAUACACUCCAAGGCCAGAUGCUGCUGGGAGAAAUGAAAAUAUUUCACAGCGUAUCAUUAGGAUGGCUGAGCGACCGGUGGACCCAAUGGAACCGGCAAAGCACCAACAUAAAAAGAUUCCUCAGCCACCAGGGUCGCCACCUCCACCAGUUAUGCAUUCUCCACCAAGAAAACUAACUGCCAAGGAUCAAGAAGAUUGGAAAAUCCCCCCUUGCGUUAGUAACUGGAAGAAUAAAAAGGGGUACACUAUACCCCUUGAUAAGCGCAUUCAAGCAGAUGGCAGAAGAUUACAAGAGGUGUAUAUAAAUGACAAAUUCGCCGCACUCAGUGAAUCUUUGUCAAUUGCUGAAAGAUCAGCAAGGGAGGAAGUUAGGUUGAGAAAUGAUGAGUUGAGACAGAAGAAGAUACAGCAGGAUGAAGCCAAAGAAGAACAAUUGCGACAAUUGGCGGCAAAGGCCAGACAGGAAAGAAUUGCAUCUGGCUAUAAAGGUACUUGGGAGGAAGACCAAAAGAGGGAAUUGGAGAGGGAAAUGCGCAUGGAAAAAGCUGGGAGGAAGAUUGGAAGAAAACGCGAUCGAGAUAUAUCAGAAAUUGUGGCUCUUGGCCAAGCCCAUCCCACUGCCUCAACUACAUCAAUGUAUGACUCCAGACUGUUUAACACUACACAAGGCAUAGAUUCGGGUUUCAAAGAAGGAAUUGAUGACAGCUACAACAUUUAUGACAAACCAUUAUUCACCGACCGUUCAGCCGCCGCCACCAUUUACACUCAUUCCAAAGACCGCUACAAUCAAAACAUAGGUGAAGAUGUCCCAUCAUUUGCGGGGGCCAGUAGGGAUGGACCUAGGACAACCCCAGUUGAAUUUAUUAAGGACACAGCGGAUCCAUUUGGUCUGGGCAAUCUGCUAGAGGAGGCCAAGAAGAAGUAG